AUGCGACGCCCCCGGCGCGCGGGGGCGCGGCCCUCCCGGAGGCUGCAGGACCCGGUGGCGCCGCCGGCGGAGGCAGAGGGGGCGGGAGCGGGGCGGCUCUCGGGCUUGAUUUAUUUUUCGUGUCUCCCUUUGCAGCCAUUCCCCGAGGGCUGGGUGUUUACUCUCUUCCCUCCCGGCCUCCUGCUGCUUUCAGAGCAGCCACCUGCAUUAAUCGCAGAACGGCGCCAGGAGCCUGAGCCCCGACGGCCGGACACCACGUCGAUACCCGGGCGCCAGGUCCCAGCCCCGGGCGUGAGGUGCUGUACCUUCGCUUCCGGUCGGGUGGACACUGCCCGGGACCUCGACUCCACGCGAGCGCCUCCUCCCGGCUUCCACUGCCAUCUUUGCCCUUUCAGACUCAUCCGGCCCCUGCUGUCCUGA